AUGGGUGUCACUCAAUCACGAUCCCCGCUACCCCUGAUUACCUGCGGAAAGGAAACAAACGAGAGUGAGCCAAUGCCCAUUAGAGUCACUGGAGAUGGAGAUCAUGGAGUCGAGCCUCAGAUUUUUGGCGGGGCAAACAACAACUCCGAGCAACAUGAUGUUAAUAGAGGUACUAACUCUGAUAAUAUUGAUGAAAGUAUUGAUUUUAAUUCAUUGAUACGUGAUCCUGGUUUGCGGAAACAAAUUGAGACUUAUGACCCAAAUAAAAAAGAUUUAAUUAGGAGGGCAUAUAUUGAUCUUGGUCCAUAUCAACCUGUGCAAGUCUAUCCUUUCUCGGGUCCAGAACAUCAUCCCCGUCGAUUUCAAAAAUGUUGGUUUCAGAAAUUUCCUUGGUUAGAGUACUCACCAGAAAAAGAUGCAGCAUACUGUUUUUAUUGUUUUCUUUUUGCUAAAAAUCCAUUAGGAAGGUGUGGUUCCAAUACAUUUACUGUUAAGGGGUUUAACACUUGGAGGAAAGUAAAUAAUGGAAAAGAUUGUGCUUUUAGAUGUCAUGUUGGGAAAGGAGAUGGUUCUAAUUCAGCUCAUAAUUUUGCGGCCAAAUGUUAUUAUAAUCUCAAAAAUCAGCCAUGUCACUUGGAGAAGAUAGUAGAGAAACAAAGUGCAGAAGAAAUUAAACGAAAUCGAAUGCGUCUUAAAACAUCAAUUGAUGCAAUCAAGUGGUUGACAUUCCAAGCUUGUGCAUUCAGAGGGCAUGAUGAAAGAUGCAACUCAAAGAAUCAAGGUAAUUUUCUUGAGAUGCUAAAGCUUUUGGCUUCUUACAGUCCUGAGGUAAAAGAAAUUAUUUUAGACAAAGCCCCAAAAAAUGCCAAAUACACUUCACCAAAAAUCCAAAAAGAGCUUUUACAUGUUUUUGCCAGGAAAGUGCAAAGUUUAAUUCGUGAAGAGAUCGAUAAUGCUAAAUAUUGUUUGAUUGUGGAUGAAUCUAGAGAUAUCUCUAAAAGAGAGCAAAUGGCCAUCGUUGUUAGGUUUGUUGAUAAGAAUGGCUAUGUGAGGGAGCGUUUCUUGGAUUUAGUCCAUGUUAAAGAUACAACAUCUUUAACAUUGAAAACAGAAAUAUGUGCUAUUUUGUCUCAUCAGAAUCUUAGUGUCCAGAACAUAAGAGGCCAGGGAUACGACGGCGCCAGUAAUAUGCAUGGUGAGUGGAACGGGCUGCAAGCACUAUUUCUUAAAGAAUGCCCGUAUGCCUAUUACAUUCAUUGCCUGGCACACCAGUUGCAGUUAGCACUUGUGGCUGCAACCAGAGAAGUACCUCAGAUUCACACUUUCUUUCAAAAUCUGGUGUUUGUUAUCAAUGCAGUUACUAGUUCUUGUAAACAGCAUGAUGAGUUGCAAGCUAAUCAAAUUGCUGAAAUUGAGCAUUUAAAGGAAAUUGAAGAGAUUCAAACGGGUAAAGGUCUCAAUCAAAUUGGAACAUUGCAACGUCCUGGGGAUACUAGAUGGAGUUCGCAUUUAACUGCUAUAUGUAGUUUGAUCAGAAUGUAUGGUGCCACUCGCUCAGUUUUGAUUGAUGUUGCUGCUCAAGGGACAACUUUUGCUCAAAGAGGUGAUGCUUUAAGUGCUAUUAAAAUGUUGAUGUCUUAUGAAUUUGUAUUUAUCUUACAUGUGGUCAAGGAGAUAAUGGCUAUUACUGAUCUACUUUGUCGAGCAUUACAACAAAAGUCUCAGGAUAUUUUAAAUGCUAUGCAUCUGGUUUCCACUACAAAGUUGCUGAUUCAAAAAUUGAGAAGUGAUGGUUGGGAGAGUCUUUUAGAGAACGUGAAAUCAUUCUGUGAGCGAUAUACUAUAGAGAUUCCGGACAUGAAUGUUCCUUACUUUGAUGUGCUUAAAUCUCUCCGUCGGCAAGGAAAACAAAAGCAAAUGGUGACAACGGAACAUCAUUACAAAGUAGAAAUCUUUACUGCUGCCAUAGACCAACAAUUGCAGGAGUUAAACAAUAGGUUCAGCGAGCAAACGACAGAGCUUCUAAUUCUGAGUACAUCACUAAAUCCUAGGGAUUGUUACAAAUCUUUCAAUAUAGAGAACAUUUGCAAGCUAGCUGAAAAUUUUUAUUCAGAAGAUUUUUUGGGAGAUGAAAAAAUUCACUUAAGGUAUGAACUACAACAUUAUGGCUUAGAUGUUCCUGUUCAUCCAGAUUUGAAGAAUUUGUCUACUCUUGGAGAUUUAUGUCAUGGAUUGGUAACCACCGGCAAAGCUGACAUGUAUCCAUUAGUUGAUAGACUAUUGAGGCUUGUCUUGACUCUUCCGGCAUCUACGGCAACAUCUGAACGGGCUUUUUCAGCUAUGAAAAUUGUGAAAACAAGCCUUCGGAAUCGUAUGGAAGAUGAGUUUCUUAGAGAUUAUUUGUUGCUAUAUAUUGAAAAGGAGAUUGCCGAGACCAUUUCUACUGACGAGAUUAUUGAUUCAUUUUAUUCAAUCAAAGAAAGGCGCGCGCAUCUCAAAUAA